AUGCCUCCUGAAUUGGUCGUGCCUGCGCUGCCUUCCUCGAGCAACAGCAGUCUGAGUACCGACAGCUGGCUCGAGCGUGAGUCCUUGUAUCAUCGCAGGUGCAUCAGAUUUUUGCUUCGCUUCUGCAGUCAGCUGGCAGAGAGGAUUGCACUUUUGGAAGAAGCGGCCCUUCUCCGGGCAGUUCUGACCUCUUGGCGCAGCUGCGGCGGUACCUGUACUGCCCUCGAGUUCAUGCAUGAGCAGUCCAUGAUGCACUGCGACAUCAAGGAGCCCAACAUCAUGAUCAAGUCGCGGGACUUCCGGAAGCCCGAGGUGGUCGUCAUCGACUUCGGUGUGUGCAGGGCCAUGGUCACAGCCUCGAACGGCCUGCUCCAAAGCCACCUUGGUGGUGGAGCCAUUAUCUGCGCAGGUCACAGCGGUGACGGCUACCCCCAUAGGCACGAGCUGUGCCUGCCCGACCAUGACCCUAAGGUGCAGUCGAAGCACCCACGAGUUUCCCAACGCCCUGCUCCUGACACGCAGCAGCCGGGUGGUGUUUACUUCCUCGCCUUCUACGCCUUCAGAAAAGAGGAAGGGGGCAAGACGACGUCGGUCUUGGAGGCAAGGCUAGUGACCGGCCUGGCAGGCCACGCCACGACAUGCUCAGGCGCCUACAAGGUGACCCAAGGCAGCUGUUUUGGCCUCAAUGCCUCUGCAUCCGAACUCCCGGCGCAGGCCGCACCAUUGCCACCCGGUCGCGACCACAUGCCCGGUGGAUUUGGGGCCAUGUUCCUUCUGGUUGCGUUGGCUGCCGUUUACUUCUGCCGCAACCGCGCAAAGGCGUCACGCCGCAGGCUCACGGAGGGCCAGGACGUUGAGAUGAGUAGCACCUUCAAUCAGUUCUGA